UAGGCCCUUAACUUGCUGCAAAGGGGUACACAGAAAUUCGAUCUUAAAUUUCAAUCUUUCAUAGAUAAGAGUAGUCCUUCGAGUUCAAAACAAAGAGAGUGGUAGACGAAAUGGCUAGCCAGUUGGCAAUUCAUCGAUUGAACAAGUUCCUCAGUGAGAAGGAGGACUUGGAUGAAGUGGCUGCUGCCAAAAUUGACAAACUAAUUGCUGAGCUGCAAACGCCCGGUGAUCAUUUUGAUCCGGUUCAAACGAUUGUAAAUGGGUUCAUGGACUUCAAGAUCCACAAAUUCGACAAAUAUCCAUGUCUGUUCGACAAGCUUGCCUUAGGACAAAGCCCCAAAUUUCUGGUGUUCGCAUGCUCAGACUCUCGAGUGAGCCCCUCUAUUAUCCUUAACUUUAAACCUGGGGAGGCCUUCAUGGUUCGCAACAUUGCUAACUUGGUUCCUACAUUUAGCCAGCUAAGAUACUCGGGAACUGGAGCAAUUAUAGAAUAUGCCGUCACACAACUCAAGGUAGAAAACAUUUUGGUUAUUGGGCAUAGUAAAUGUGGUGGGAUACAGAGGCUUAUGGAACAUCCAGAAGAUGGCAGUGUUCCCUUCGACUUCAUAGAUGACUGGGUUAAAAUUGCCCAGGAUGCCAAGGAUAAAGUUAAAGCAGAGGGAGGAGGACAUGAGGCUUGUGCUAGGGAAGCUGUAAAUGUCUCUCUGGAAAACCUGCUAACUUAUCCUUACGUUCAUAAGGAGGUAUCGGAAAGAAAAAUAGCACUUAGAGGUGGUUACUAUGACUUCGUCAAUGGAGUUUUCGAGCUCUGGGAGAAACACGAAUCUCACAGUUUACCCCCCAUGAUCAUUCCGCCUCCACAAUUAAAGAUGUGAAGUACAUAGUUGAACUACCGGAAAUUCAAUCUCUUGCAUAAUAAGCAUUAUACGUACCUUGCUACGUACGUAGUUGCAGUUCAAUGUACCGUAUUACGUGUGUAUUUGCCACUUUGAAUUUCUGUUUUAUUUUUAUUUUUAUUUGAAGUGAAUAAGUGACACUAAAAUAAAGCAAAUGAGUCCCUGGCUAGACUAGCAGUACUGCUUCAUAAUUGUAUGUCAUGGUUUUAAAUUUGUGGCAAUGUUUAUGUAAUAUUGUUCCUUGUAGUUGAACUACCGAAAUUCAAUAUAUAUGUAUUUAUGCA